AUGGCCAGUCAACUUACUUCCAAGGAAGCAUUUGCCAAACUUCCACAGACCCUUCAUAACUUUUUCAUAAAGUAUCCACCAAGACCUUUUGUCCAAUAUGCUGCUGGUCCAUCUAAAACAACAGAUCCAAUGAAAAACCCAUUUUUCCCAAAUAAAAAUCCAGAAACUGGAAGAUGGCAAGAACCGAAAUAUUCUCGUAGAAGAUCUGCUGAUUUAUUUAAAAUGGCUAAGAAAUUUGGUAUACAAGAUUUAUUACCUCCUACUCCUAGAAAAUUCCAUGAAGAUAAAUACCAAAACAAAAUCUGGGUUCAAAGUAUGGUUAACCCAGUUGAUGAAGUUAAGGCUGCUGAAUAUGAAGCAAGAAUGAAGGCCAAGGAAGAAGCCAUUGCUAAUAUGGACAAGAUCAUUACUGAAGUUAGACCAAGCUAUAAGAAAUUAUUGGAAAAGAGAGAAAAACGCAAGAAGACAUGGUUUUAA